AUGCUUAAUGAGUUUACAUCAUUCUUUGAUAAUCUUGAUGUUAUUCAGAAAAUCAAGCAUAUUUGGUCUAAGUUUUAACAAAGUACAUAUGAAAAAGAUUCAAUUAUAUUCGAAUCUGAGUGUCAUAAAAUUAGCAGAAAAACUGCAAAGCUAAAACCAAUUAUAAUUCAAUUGGGCCAAGAACAUUUGUAUCUAUUUAAGAAUAUGAAUCCUCAUGGCAUGCUACUAUUGACUGUAGCAGUGAUGUCUAUCUAAAAACAUGACUAAGGAGUAGUGAUCAGAUUGCUGAGAAAUGGAUAAUAUAUUGAUAUUUUGACAACAGAUGCAAUAGUAUUGAAACAAUUGUUAGUCUAUAAAUGCCUAUAAACCACUUUUCACGAUGAGUUUGGAGUAACCAAAAUGAUAGGCAAAGGAAGUUUUGCUAAAGUUUAUUUAGCAGCUAAGAAAUAGACUGGAAUCCAGUAUGCGAUAAAAGCAUUUAACAAAGAAUUUAUGUUAGAGCAAUUCAAAGGGAAGGAAAGCUUAGAGAAUGAAAUACGUGUGAUGAGAAAAUUGAAUUAAGAAAAUCUAGUUCAUUUACACGAGGCUUAUGAGACAUAGAAUUCAAUAUACUUUGUAAUUGAUCUAUUAUAAGGAGGGGAACUCCUGACUAGAGCAAAAACUAAUUCAUUUUCAUUAGAUACUCUUCAAAAACUAAUGUACAACUUUAUAAAAGCUUUGGUACACAUUCAUAGUAAGAGAUGUAUACACAGAGAUUUGAAACCAGAAAAUUUGUUGCUUAAAUCCAAAGAUUCUAAUGUAGAUAUAGUCAUAGCAGAUUUUGGACUUGCAGCAUUUCUAGGUGAAGAAAUACUUUUUAAAAGAUGUGGCACUCCUGGAUUUGUUGCACCUGAAAUAUUGAUGUAUAAAGAGGAUGAUCCCUUUUAUGAUGAGAAAUGUGAUAUAUUUAGUGCUGGGGUUAUAUUCUAUGUCUUAUUGACUGGUAAACAACCCUUUUAAGGAGCCGAUUAUAAGGCAAUAUUGAGAGCAAAUAAAAAUUGUGAAAUCAAUUUUAACAUUAAACAAAUUCAAUAGUCAUCCCCAAAAUUAUAAGAAUUGAUUAAAUCAAUGUUAUAGUAAAAUCCGAAAGAGAGACCAAGUGCUGAGGCUUGUUUGUAACAUCCUUAUUUUGAAGAAAUCUUUAACAAAAAUGAUUUAGUGGAAAUUCAUGAAAACUUAAUCGAAUAUGAGAUUGAACAUGAGCAUAGAUUAUAAAAGAAGGGAAGCUUUGACAGUUAAGUAGGUUCAAUGGAAUUGUAAGUUCGAACACCAAUUUUGAAUGGUAGAACUGAUACAAUUGGAUCUUUAUCAGCAUGCUCAGGCUAAGGAUCGACAAGUCGUUUAGAGAAACCAUAAUAAUAAUAGUAAUCUAAGUUCAGUCAAUUCUGUUAAACUAUGAAAACAGUGUAAUAAGAUACUAUCACUAAUUCAAAUUCUAUGGCUUCUCCAUAAAAUAAAAAAAAAGAUUAGCAAGAUUUGCAUAAAUUUGCUUUGAAGAAUUCUUAUCAACAAAAGUAAACAAGUAAGGAUGAUGACUUUGUAAAUGAAGAAUCAGCACAUUUAGAUGAUGCAAUCUAGAAAUUGAAUAGUUAAGCUCCAAAAAUAGGAAUAUUUAAAAAAAGUGCUUCGUUCAAAGUACCAAAAUCAACUUAAGAAUGA